AUGCCGCCACGAAUAGCAAGUGCGUCGGUCGCCCCGUCGACUUCGGCUCUGCUUCAGAUCAGCGCAGGCGCACGUGUUAUGAGAGCACCAGCCCAGCAACAGGCAUGUGCCGGCUUCUCGACCACAGCGUCUCGCGCCUACAACCCAAAGGCGCGGCGAGCCUUCUGGAAAUGGCUGUCAGGUCCAGGCAAUGCCUACAGAAAGGCGCCGGCGGAGAGUAAAACCCUCUACCUGGGCAAGAAUCGCAACCCAUUCCGUCCCGAAGGCAAGGACGAGGGCGCAAUCGGCAGCAAAGUUCCUUUCCCCUUGAACCCCAACUUCCGCAGCACACCCAUCCUGAGCAAUCAAUCUCGCGAGUUGAUCUGGAACAAGGUCAUGCGCAAGGGGGAGACCAUCAAGGCUGUUUCCGCCGAGCUUGGUGUCGACAUCACAAGGGUGGCCGCCGUUGUGCGGUUAAAGGAAGUCGAAAAAGACUGGAUAGCCAAGGGCAUCAAACUUGCAUGGCCGUAUGCCAGGGCUAUCCGCCAUAUGCUGCCUGUAAAGUCUUACAAUCCGGAAGUGCUGAACAAGCCUCUCGAAGAUAUCAACGAACUUCAUGUCCACCCCCACACCAUGAAGCAGCUGUACUGGCCCACUUCCGAGUCCCGACAGUUUACUAGAGAGGAUGCGGCAAAGGCUUUCCAUCGAAACAUGCUGUCAGCAGACAAACGAGUUCCCCACCCUGAACUGAUCCGGAUGGAGAGAGACUUGUUCAAGGGGGUAAACCCUUCAAAAGCGAAGAAAAAUUUCCUCAGAGCAGUUGAGCUUUCGGAGAGCAAGGCGGCCCAGGCCAAGAUUCGGAUAGCCCAAGCCGAGGAACAAGACACCACCAGAAUCAACACAAAACGAUUCGAGUUCAGGUUCAAAGAGAUCAACUCGGAGGAUGUUGGUCCAGAUGGUCGUAAGAUCACGGCGGUUGGUGCUAGAUACGGCCGGCCCUCGUAUGACAGAGUCAAGGGUGCUGUCAAGAUCCCGACCAGUGUUCCUUAA